GAAAGCUACUGAUCCGGAGAUUCUGAUAGCUUGUUGUGCGUUGCAAUACUAUUCAGAUAAACCUAAAUAAAAUGAUACAUUUUUCGUAAAGUUUACACAUAAACACAGCCUUAUAGAGCAUCCACCCUAAAUAGCUAUCUAACCCCCCUCAUGGCGGACGUUAUACUAGAUGGAAAACCCGAUUUUCGUAAUAGGAAUUUUGUAUAUCACCCUUAUCAUGGAUGCAAAGAUGGCGUGGGUAAUUCAAUAGACGAUGGCGAAAGAGAAAAUUUGACACGCUAAGAGGGAAUAUGAGGGAUAGUUAAUGAGUAAUUAAAAUGAAAUAUUAUGGAUUAUUAAUUUUAUAAAAAAUACCAAGAAUGAUGAAAUAAACCUCAUUCUUUCGAGCCAACGAUUUGGAUAAAGCGUACAACCAGCACUUCACAAAAAUGUCUGCAGAAGAUUUACAAAAUUUAGAAUCCUCUUCAGAAGAGGAAGGAGAACAAGAUAGCAAUAGAGCUAGUCAGUCAUCCUCUCCUUCGACGAGUACAGCAGCCACUAGAAAGAAAAGUAUACAUGGAAGUGCGUCACCUAGUACACCACGUUUACCGAGUAGUCUAGCGGCAAAAAUGGCUGCUAUGGUUAAUAGAGGAUCUAAUGGUCAAGCUAACGCAGGUGGUCAGCCAAUUGGUAGCAGUUUAAGGAGUAUGCGUCAAGCACCUUUACCACCGAAUCAGUUGAAGGAUAAAAUGGAGGCACUAUCGAUGAAUGACAAGGUAAAAGUAGAGGAGAAUAAUAACCCACCACCAAAUAGUCUAGCUGCGAGAAGGGGUAUGAAGUUGAACAUUAAUGGCCCACAAUCAUCUAACGACGCAAGUCCAGCUAAAAGACGUGGUCCACCUGGUAAAUUAAACUUAAGUAAUCAGGAUGGAAAAGCUGAUACCCCAUUUUCAAAUUUCUCAAGUAUCGUAGAUCCUUCAGGUAAACUAAACUUCGGUGAAGGCAAGGCUAUCUUACACGCUUCUGGUGUUAACUUCUCGACUGGUCAUUCUUUUAAUAUAAAGAUCGAGGAUUUGGAAUUACAAGAUGAACUUGGUAGAGGUGCAUACGGUAGCGUCCGUAAAGCUAAACAUAAAUCAACCGGCGUUGUUAUGGCUAUCAAAGAGAUUAGAUUGGAGUUGGACAAAACUAAAUUAGCGGGUAUAGCGAUGGAGUUAGACAUUCUUCAUAGAGCUGUCAAACCUCAAAUCGUUGAAUUUUAUGGUGCAUUCUUUGUUGAAGGUUGUAUCUUCUAUUGCAUGGAGUUUAUGGAUGCUGGCUCAUUAGACAAACUUUAUUCACCUACAUUUGGUAUACCUGAGGAUAUUCUUGCAUUCGUCACAAGGGAUCUGAUCAUCGGUUUACAAUUUUUGAAAGAAGAGUUACAAAUAAUACACAGAGAUGUCAAACCUACAAAUGUACUAGUAAAUAGACGUGGUAAAAUAAAGAUAUGUGAUUUUGGUGUAUCAGGACAAUUAGAGAAGUCAUUAGCAAAAACAAAUAUUGGUUGUCAAUCAUAUAUGGCUCCAGAAAGAAUUCAAUCACCUGAAAGUGGCGUUCACGGUGGAUUCUAUAGUGUCAGUUCGGAUGUCUGGAGUUUAGGUCUUACAAUGGUAGAAUGUGCACGAGGAGAAUACCCUUAUACAUUCCAAAAUGUACUUGCCCAAUUACAAGAGAUUGUUAAAGGACCUGCUCCUGAAUUACCAUCAUACUAUUCAGAUACUGCAAAGGAAUUUAUACAUAGCACAUUACGUAAAGAUCCAAAUCAACGUCCUGGUUAUCAAGAAUUACUUGAACAUCCUUUCCUCAACCAAACAAAUCAACCAGACGUGUUGAAAUGGAUAGAAGAUGCUUUAAGAUCAAAGAACGAUGGUAAUUUACCUGAUUCAAUACCAGAAUCUGAACCAAGUAGGCAUUUUGACAGAGUUUAAUUCAUAUUGUAUUAGUUUA